AUGAUCAUAUUCUUUUAUUUACCCAUUUUGUUCGAAGUUUGCUUUGCACUUCGUUCACAAAGUGCCGGUGUAAGAGGCGUUCUACUAUGUGGCGACAAGCCUUUAGCUAAUGCUAAGGUUAAAUUAUGGGAUGACGACAGUGGGCCAGAUUUGGACGAUCUUCUUCAAGAAUCAACGACAAAUGCCCAAGGGUAUUUCGAAGUGAGUGGCACGACCGAUGAAUUAACAACGAUUGAUCCAAUUUUAAAAAUUUAUCAUGAUUGUGAUGAUGGAAUUAUGCCUUGUCAACGAAAAGUUUCAUUUCAAAUUCCCGAUUCAUAUGUUAGCAGUGGAACAAAAGUUAAUAAAUUUUUUGAUAUUGGAACAGUAAAUAUGCAAAUAAUAUUUGAUAAUGAAGCGCGCGAUUGUAUUAAUCGAAUAUGA